AUGACAAUCCCCGCCCUCAACUUCCGCCUCGCAACCCCAUCCGACGCACCCCAAAUCCAACAACUAAUCCAAUCCGCCUUCCGCGCCUUAGACCCCAGACCAAACUGGACCGGCGACACAACCCUCUCCUCAAGCUUCCACAUCGAGACCACCGAGAUCCUAAGCACGAUCACCACGCCGGACAGUGCCUUCCUCCUCGCAACGGACCCCACCGGUGCUCUGAUCGCCUCCAUCGGCAUCUCCAGGCGCGGCGCGCACGCGGACGACGAUGCUGGACUCGCGCGCUUCUUCAUGCUUGCUGUCGAUGAAGCGUACCAGCGGGGUGGAAUCGGGCGGAAGAUACUUGCCUACGCGGAGGGGUAUUGUCAGAGGAAAUGGGGUGUUAGCAGGGGAGGGCUAAAUGCGCUUUCGACGCGUGAGGAGCUGAUAUUGUGGUAUUCGCGGUGUGGAUAUCGGAGGACGGGCGAGCUGACGCCGUUUCCGGUUGAGAAAUUUAAGGAUAUGCAGUUGCCUGAGGAUUUGUGUUUUGUGGAGAUGGAGAAGAAGAGGUGGAGAGAGAAUGAUCAUGAUCCAGAAGGCAUUGAUUGGUGGGUUUUGCUGUUUUUGUCGUUUCAUAUAACUCAACCAGCGCUGGAAGAGGUUCCACUGCCAAGCGGCAGCAACGCGAAACAAAAGCGUGCUACCCGUGUCGCUCGCGCAAAGUCAAGUGCGACCUGCCAGAAACGCGGUCAUCCCCAGAUCUGUGUCUAUGAUUUUGAGGAAUCUUCUCCGCGGAAGCGGGCCAUGUUAAGUCCUCAGAAUAGCAACGCUGAUGCCUCUCACGUUACUGGCUUGGAUGGUGCAAAUGAUCAGCCUCCAAUCAGGAAUUCGGCAUCUCCUCUGCAUAUCGGACUUGCAUCAGGAUCGGUUAAUCAAGAGGACCCUGCGAAUUACGUGUGCUCUGGAGAGAAUACAGUCAUUUCCCUACUGGGUUCACACGACACCGAUGGAUCAAUUACCCACAAGGCGAGCUCUGUGUUGGGACUCCAAAACAGCUUCAGCAAUUAUCCGUUCAUCGACCUCAAAACACCCAGAGAUCGCUGGAAGGCUCUCGUGGAGAUCCUUCCUCAGAGGCAGGAGAUUUUGAAGUUUUUUCACUUCUACCGCACCUCCACCCAUCCAUCCAACCCAAUCCUUGUCGAUAUCGACGGCUUUGAAUUGGUCGUAUGCCAGUUCCUUGCAUCCUACGCGUCUGGGGAACUGCGCGAUCGCGACAAGAUCUCGGAAAGAUGGUCGUCAGAUCGAUCCGUCGGUCAGAUCAGUCUCCUCCUGGCCGCGUUGGCGUUCGGGAGCGCACUACUCAGACCUUGA